AGCUUGCGUAUUAUUCGCUUGUCCUAUAGUUGAAUUUUGGUCGAAUAUUAAUAUAUCAACGAAUGUAUCCCAAUCACAUUUAAUCAUACUUCUGCCAUACUUUGUCGAAGAAAAAUAUUAUCAUUUGUUUUUAUUAUAUAUAUUCACGAUAGUUUGCAUUGGAACAACUAUACUGGUAGGAACAGGCACAAUGUUCAUUACGCAUAUUCAACAUAUCUGUGGAAUGUUUAAAAUUGCUAGCUAUCGUAUUAAACAUGCAAUCAAUAUUAAUAUUCUAAAAAAUAUUACGCUAAAAAAUAAGGUUUUGAUGACCGAAAGUUUAAUUUGUGCCGUUGAUAUGCACCGGCAAGCUAUAAGAUUAUCUAACUAUUUUGUGUCUAAAUUCGACUUAAUGAUAACAUGUUUCACGGCAUGUCUUGUAAUUUCUUUUAGCCUCAAUCUGUUUCAACUUUCCCAUGUACAGUUAUCUGUAAAUAAUAUCAGCCAAAUUUUUCCUUCAUUCUUAUAUGCAAAUAUAAGCAUCAUGUACUUGUUUAUAUCCAAUUAUUUGGGGCAGAUUGUAUUCGACCAUAAUAAUCACGUAUUCGUUACUGCGUAAGAAAAACAGUUUUAUAAAAAAUAAUGUAAGAACAUUUACUUUUCAGCAGUUGCAAAAAAAUACAGAAAUUGAUCUGUUGCAAAAUAAAUCAGUAUAUGUGCUAAAAUUAUGUAAUUAAAUAAUUUCUAUCUUAAGUAAGCGAUUUGUUAUCUGUAUUUAAUUUUUUGUAGAUACAACGUUCAAUGGUAUAGAACCCCUUUACAUAUUCAAAGAAUAAUACUAUUUAUGUUGCAAAAAGGAACCAAAGGAUAUUUUUUAAAAAUUGGUAAUAUAUUUGACUCAUCCAUGGAGGGUUUGGCUACGGUAAAUAUGUUGUAUAAUAUUUUAAAUUUAAAAUAUUAUCAAUUUACAUAUGGAUACAAUUAAAAAGAAUAUUUACAAUUUCAGCUAUUAAAAGCUUCAAUAUCUUAUUUUACUGUCAUAAAUUCAACACAAAAAGAACAUUAAUUUAUCAUUGUUAUGAUUAAAAUAUAGUUAGUCAACAAAUAAUAGUGUUCAUGUUUAGAAAAUAAAUUUAUUUUUUAAAUAUAUAAAACAGACAUCUUUUAUUUGUGCUAAUAAGAAAUAAAAUUAGUGCUUUUUAUAUCCAGAUAUUGAUUUCCAUAAUAUAUAUAGAUCCUAUAUUUAGCCAUAAAUAUUUAAUUAUAGCCAAAUCAAAAAUUAUUUUUAAAGUUAGAAAGUUGUAGCCAUAUACAUAAUUUUGAUUGUAAUAAGCACAACUUGCAUUUCAUAUCGACAUUUAUAUUUAUAUAAAUAUUUAAGUAAAGAAUUUCGGCUAAUAAAUAACAUGUAAAUAAAAAAAUAAAAAAAAAAAUUUGCCAUUAUUAAUGAUAUAUUUAUACACAUGAUAUCGAACACGUUAUUUAACACUUGUUAAAUAUAUUAACGUAUUAAUCUUGUCAAUCACUUUUAAAAAUUAAAUGUGUUAUUUAUUAAAUCAGCGCAAUCAUUUUUAAAUUAUGAGUUUUAUUAGAUCGAUAGCUUUACUACGAAACUUAAAAUUCAGAGAUAUCACUCUCAAGAGUACUAUCGUAUUCAGAAUAAAGUGUACCCUGUGAACGCGUGCACUGAAAUGUGACUGAAAUUUCUGUGCCGAGAGAGAAGAAAUGCGCAUGCGUAAGUUCUCUGCCAGCACUGCCAGUAGUUAAUUUCAUGAGAAAUAUACACAUGUCAAAUUAUCUUUAGUUUCAAUUUGUUGAAGAAUUGGUUGAAUUAAGCGCGUUUGGAUCUUAUAGAAAAUUUUUACAAAGUAAAUAACAUUAUAAAUUACAGGAAUUGCAUGAAAAUCUAUAUGAGAAAAAAUAAGAAUAAAAAUAUAGAAUAUUUAAACGAUCAGUGAGAGAGAAAAACGAGAAUACGUAUUCUUAUCUUUAGUCUUCGCAGUAACACUUUGAAACUCGUAAAGAAAUGAUACGCUCGGUAAUUCAGCAUCACAAAUUUAACAGAAUUCUAUUACUUGCUGUUGGUUUAUGGCCCUAUCAUCAAUCCAAGUUUACUCGGAUUCAAUUUAUUUUUCUUUCUGUCAUCCUAUCAGCAAGUGUUAUAUUUCAGCUAACACCAUUAAUAAUAUUAAAAUGUACUUCAGAUCUUAUUAUUAAAGUGUUGUCUUCCGUAUCUUUUUUCAUGCUGUUUCUAAUAAAGUAUAAUUCAUGCCAUCUUAAUAUUGAAGCUGUAAAGUAUUUAUUCAUGGAGCUUCAGGAUGUAUUUAACAAUUUAAAGGAUGAAAAUGAAAUCGCUAUUGUGGAAAAAUAUAUUUAUGUUACGAAACGUUUUACAUUUGUGCUUACAGCAUUUGGAGUUUGCGGAAUAUCUGCUUCUAUUAUAGUUGAAUUUUGGUCAAUAGUUGAUAUACCGAUAAAUGUGUCUCAGUCACAUCAUUUAUUCAUUAUGACAAAGCAUUUUGUCGAUGAAAAGUAUUUCUAUUUGAUUAUGUUGUAUAUGUACACGAUACUUUGCAUCGUAAUGACUGUAAUGUUAGGAACAGGAACAUGGCUCAUUACAUAUCUUCAAAAUAUCUGUGGAAUGUUUAAAAUUGCUAGCCAUCGUAUCGAGCAUGCAGUCAACAAUAAUAUUUCACAAAAUAUUAUGCUGAAGAAUAAGAUUUUUAUGAACAAGGGUGUAAUUUAUGCUGUUGAUAUGCAUCGGCAAGCUAUAAAAUUGACAGAGAAUUUUAUGUCUACAUUUGAGAUAAUGAUAUUUUGUUUCACGUUAUGUGUAGUAAUUUGCUUUAGCCUCAACUUGUUUCAACUUUUCCAAAUACAAUUAUCUAAAAAUAAUAUCAAAGAAUUUUUGCUACCACUCAUGUAUGCAACUGUAAGCAUUAUAUACAUGUUUGUAGCCAACUAUAUGGGACAGAACAUAUUCGACCACAAUAAUCAUGUAUUUAUUACUGCGUACAACGUUCGGUGGUAUAAAACUCCUGUACAUAUACAAAAAAUGAUAUUAUUUCUGUUACAAAGAGGAACUAAAAAAGUUACAUUAAAUGUUGGUGGAAUAUUUGAAGGAACAAUAGAGCAUUUUGCCACGUUAUUGAAGGCUUCGAUAUCUUAUUUUACUGUCAUUUAUUCUACACAAUAACAAGACAAAUAUCAAUAUAUUGUUAUCAUAAUGGCGAUAGUUAGUAAGAAAAUAUCAGUAUUCACGUAUAAAAAAUGGAUAGAUAGAUUAUUUUUGUAACAUAUAAUGCAGAUAGAUAUUUUCUUGUACUAAAAAGAAGAAUUAAAGUUUAAAUCAAGUUAUGGAUGUUGUAAAUUUUUGCAAUUUAUUAAAACCGAUCCUUAUUUUACUACCAUUAUACUGACUCUAAUUUAAAGAUAAACUAUACUUUGGCUUUAAAUAAAAUCAUUUCAGACCAAAUUGGUUAAUAAAUUAAAUAUUAUUAUUUAUUAAUUUCAUUCUAUUUCGACAUUUAAUAAUAAUAAAGCGAUGAUGCUUAAAGCUAUGUACUACAAUCUAAAAAGCAAAUUGUGCUUUCUCUAGAUAGUAAAGAUAUUUAAGAGAGAUAUUUAAAAAAUUUUAUAUACGGAAAGUGAAUUUAAACUCGCAAUCUGUCCACUACAAGUCCAUCACUUUCACACGGAGCUACAUAAUAUCCCUUUUAUCAACAUUUAAAGUAAAAGUACAAAUUGCUGGACAUAUUUCCAUAACCAAACAUUUACAUUACAUAAAAAUUUAUCAUUAUGUAUUAAUCUUAAUUAA